GUGCGAAGCGCAUUGAUCAACACUCAAACAACCGCAAAUGACAAAAACCUGGCUGAACAUUGAAAAAAUACAAUAAAUAAACUAAGAAUAAGUGCAAAUCAUGUCUAAAGUCACGGUACAGGAUAUAGAGGCCGUAGAUGAUUAUUGGGGUCCCACAUUCCGCUCAAUACUCGAGGGCAACAAUAGCAAAUUAAUCAGCGAACAGCUGGACCAACGCGUACGCAGCCACGACAAAGAGAUCGAACGCAUAUGCAAUCUGUAUUAUCAGGGCUUUAUUGACUCCAUACAGGAACUUCUGCAGGUCCGAACGCAGGCCAAGCAGCUGCACGAUGAAGUCCACUCGCUGGACACAUCGCUGCGCACCAUUAGCGCCUCCCUCAUUCAGCAGGGCAAUGAGCUGGUACGUGCCCGUCAAAUCGAAUCGAAUGUAGCCAGCGCCAUUGAGGCGCUUAAAUCCUGUCUGCCCGCCUUAGAGUGUUAUAUGAAAUUCACGCAGCAGGCGAAAAACAAGCAAUACUAUCAGGCACUGCGCACGCUGGAAACUCUUGAGACGGAGCACCUGUCGCGACUGCAGCGGCACAACUAUCGAUUUGCAACACAAAUGCAAACACAGAUACCCAUCAUAAAGGAGAACAUACGCCGCUCAGCGGCAGCCGAUUUUCGUGAGUUUUUGGAAAACAUACGUAAAUUUUCUCCUCGGAUUGGUGAACUGGCCAUUACGCACACCAAACAGUUGCAGAAACGAGAUAUCAAUGCCAUUAUACAAGAACACAAACAGCAGGCCAAUAGCGGCAUUGACGGUGGCAACGACGAUGAUGGAGGCAAUGUAAGCGCACAGGAUUUAAUCGAUUUUUCACCCAUUUAUCGCUGCCUCCACAUCUACAUGGUGCUGGGCCAACGGGAGUACUUUGAGAAGGACUAUCGCCAGCAGCGGCGUGAUCAGUCUAAACUGGUGCUGCAACCACCGCCGAAUAUGCACGAUAAUUUGGAAGCCUACAAGACGUACAUAUGCGCAAUUGUGGGAUUUUUUGUGGUUGAGGAUCAUGUGAAAAACACCGCAGGCGAAGUGGUCACGAACAGCUACCUUGAAGAGCUGUGGUCUACUUCGCUAACCAAGUUUGUCAAUGAGAUCAGCAUGAGCUCCUCCUCCUGCACCGACCCAAAUAUCCUAUUGCGCAUCAAGAACCUCAUUAUGCUGUCCAUCAACACCUUUAAGUGCUAUGGCUACACGGUGCAAAUUCUGUGGGAGCUGCUGCACGAUAUGCGUGAUCAUUACAAUGAGGUUCUCUUGCAACGCUGGGUUCAUGUAUUCCGUGAGAUUCUGGACAAGGAGCAAUUUGUGCCCAUGGUGGUGGAGAAUGUGGAGGAGUAUGAGUGCAUCAUCGAGCGCUUUCCCUUCCAUUCUGAACAGCUGGAGAAUGCACCAUUUCCCAAACAGUUUCCCUUCUCACGCAUGGUGCCGGAGGUGUAUCAUCAGGCCAAGGAGUUUAUGUAUGCCUGCAUGAAGUUCGCAGAGGAGCUGACACUCUCGCCCAACGAGGUGGCUGCCAUGGUACGCAAAGCGGCCAAUCUGCUGCUCACGCGCAGCUUUAGUGGCUGUCUCUCAGUGGUCUUCCGCCAGCCAAACAUUACGCUCAUUCAGCUUAUACAGAUCAUCAUUGAUACGCAAUAUUUGGACAAGGCUGGUCCUUUUCUGGAUGAGUUUGUCUGCCACAUGACCAAUACAGAGCGAAGCAUUUCGCAAACGCCCUCGGCCAUGUUUCAUGUGGCACGCCAGGAUGCCGAGAAGCAGGUAGCAGUACGGAUAUGCUCUAAAAUUGACGAGUUCUUUGAGCUGAGCGCCUAUGACUGGCUGCUGGUAGAGCCACCGGGUAUUGCCUCUGCUUUCAUCACGGACAUGAUCUCCUAUUUGAAGAGCACCUUCGAUAACUUCUCUUACAAGCUGCCACACAUAGCCCAGGCCGCCUGUCGUCGCACCUGCGAGCACAUUGCCGAAAAGAUCUACUCUAUAUUGUAUGACGAGGAGGUCAAGCAGAUCUCCACGGGCGCACUGACCCAAAUCAAUUUAGACUUGAUGCAGUGCGAAUUCUUUGCCGCCUCGGAGCCAGUGCCGGGCUUGCAUGAUGGCGAGCUGAGCAAAUAUUUUCAGCGUAAUCGUCAGCUGCUUGAUUUGCUUAUACUGGAGGAGUGGAGCACGUAUUUCCAUGACUAUGGCAAGCAGGAGAAUCGCUAUCAUCUGGUGCAGCCGCAGUCUAUUAUUGUUAUACUGGAGAAAAUACGCGAGGCGGACAAGAAGCCAAUUUUCUCGCUGGUGCGCAAAAAUGAUAAGAAAAAGCUGCUGGAGACGGUUCUCAAGCAGCUGAAGCACAUAGCCGAACGGCAGAGUUAGGAUGCGACUUUAUAAACUUUAUAGAUCUGGUUAAUAGAACAGACCUGGCUUAAUAAGGUAGUUUUUAUUCUUGUGGAAUUUAAUUCAAGAGCAUCACGCGAUAACUUUAAAUUGAGCAAACUAUCGAAAAAUAUGAAAUAACGCCCAAAUAAAAUGAGAUGUUCCAAAAACUUAAAA